CCUCCACCACCUGCUCGCGCACGCGACCAUCAAAGGCGUCCAAGGAGCGCCGCGUUCGCCAUGUCGACCACCAAAUCCUUUCAAUGCCUCGUCUGUCGCCUCAGACAUGCCGCCCAGCAUCCCCCGAUACGCCGGCAAUUCCACGCCUCCUCCUCUUCUCAAGCCCGCAAACGUUUCCCCAGUGUGAAAGCCUCCGAGCUCAGUGAAGCAGGCUACUCCGAGUACACGCCGCGAGAGAAGAAGCUACUAUCGCUCAAAUACACAUCAGAGCAGAUGAAGAUCAUCGAAGCGGGAGAAAAGGCGGUCAGUGCGGUGGACAUGGCGCAGCAAGGCCGGAUGCGAACCGAUCCCAUGCGCAUCAAGUACCUCGACGACUUUGCCACAAUGCGACCUAUCCUAGACCGACCUCUGACCGCCGAAGACAUCGAGCAAGCGCAACGCGGGCUGCAAGAGGGACGCAAUCCAGGAUCGAAGAAGCGUGGCCUCGAAGCGACGCCGGUGGAGGAAGAGAAAGAAGAGGUGGAUCUCCCUAUGCUUCGUCUGAGCCAGCAAACCGGCCUGAGCCUGGAUGAGAUCAAACGAAUCCGCGUGAAGAACCUCGUCUCCCAUCGCGUAGUGAACCAGACUCGAAUGGGGAAAAUUCAAUCCAUAUACUUCCUUACCAUUGCCGGGAAUGAGGAUGGCAUGGUGGGAAUUGGAGAGGGAAAGGCUGCGGAGACGGAAGACGGGAGACGGCAGGCCAUGAUGAACGCCAUCCGUAACAUGAAGCCGGUUGCACGGUACGAAGAGCGCACCAUCUAUGGCGAGGUGGAAGGGAAAGUGGGAGCGACAAUUGUCCAGCUCAGCUCGCGUCCUCCCGGCUUCGGCAAUCGCUGCCAGUCCCUCAUCUUCGAACUCGCACGCGCUGCGGGUAUAAGCGAUCUGGCCGCCCGUACCCCUCGGUCACGUAAUAAAAUGAACGUGGUCAAGGCUGCUUUCCAAGCACUCACCAAACAACGCAUACCCGAAGACGUCGCACGAGGGAGAGGGAGGAAGAUGGUGGAUGUAAGGAAUGUUUACUACGGCGGCCAAGUGCUAUAGAACCUCUGUACUAGAAAUGAAACUGUGUACUCAUAGCUACAUGCUGCCACAGAGGCUCCGCAGAGAAGCCAUGUCGCCUAAAUCGAGAACAAAAGAGACUAAACGUCAC